CAAGCUUGUUAAGCCAACAACGAGCACAUCUUCUUCACCAUGAUGAACCUCUAUGAAUUUGUCUUUGGACGAAAGUGGGCCAAUAAAAAAUACGAGGGCAUAAUUUCUAAAAGUAAACAGAUUCGGUUGGAACAUCCUUCUGUUUACCAGCUGACAACAAAGAAAGAGCAGCAUGAAAACCUGACCAGAGUGAUGUUUGGUGAAAGAAAUUUAAACAAGACAAACAGAACCAUCUUACUUGUUGGGGAAACAGGAACAGGAAAAUCUACUCUGAUUGAUGCUUUGCUAAAUUAUGCCAUUGGAGUGAAGUUUGAGGAGGAAAUCUGGUUUCAGAUUGUGGAGGAGGAGAGAGGAUGUCAGAUAGAAAGUCAGACAUCAGAUGUAAUCGUAUAUCAGAUCUAUGGUUUUGAAGAUAAAACUCUGCCAUACUCUCUGACCAUUGUUGAUACUCCUGGAUACGGAGACACCCGAAACCAAGAACUUGAUGCCAAAGUUGCAGCAAAAUUACUGAGCUUGUUUGGACAAGCAAAUUGUGUUAAUGAGAUCAAUGCAGUGGGUCUGGUAAUGAAGGCCAGUGAUAACAGACUGACUGACCGUCUGAUGUACGUCUUAAAUUCAGUGAUGUCUCUGUUUGGAAAAGACCUGGAGGAAAAUAUAGUAGCUCUCAUCACUCACUCUGAUGGAAGAAAACCUCAAAAUGCUCUUCAGGCUCUGAAAGCAGCAAAUAUUAAAUGUUCCAAAAAUAACUUUACCCACUUUCUCUUCAACAACUGCCAGCAUGAAGACAGAUCUAAUGACAGAGAAUUUCUGGAACGUGCCAAACAAGUGUCAGUCAACGGCUUGAGAGAGUUCACAGUUUUUCUGGAAAAAACUGCCCCUAAGAAGGUUCAGACAACUAUGGAAGUUUUGGAAGCACGAAUCAGACUGACGGCCUGCAUCGAAAACCUGCAGGAAAGAAUCAAGCUGACUGAACUAAAGGAGAAGGAAAUUACACAGCUUGAAGGUGUUCUGAGAGAAAAUCAAGAGGAGAUAAAGAAGAAUGAGAACUUCAUUAUAGAAAUUGAGGAGGUCUACAAAGAUAAAGAACAAUUUCCCACAAUUCUGAUCAGUGGUAUGACUUCAGAAGUUACCAUCACCUCUUCAGGAUGUCCUGCAGUCCUGCUGUUCAAGACAAAGAAAGAAAGGUUUUCUAGAUGGACAAGAGUGACUUUAGGGAACAAGCAUGAAAGGCAAAGAAAUAAAACCAUCUUACUGGUUGGUGAAACAGGAGCAGGAAAAUCGACCUUAGUCAACACUUUGGUUAACUAUGCAAUAGGAGUGAUGUUUGAGGAUGAUGUUUGGUUUCAGAUUGUAGAAGAGGAGGAGGGAAGAUGUCAAACUGAGACUCAGACAUCAGAUGUGAUUGUCUAUCAGAUCUUUGAUUUUAAAGGUCAAAUUCUGUCCUCGUCUCUUACCAUUAUUGACACUCCUGGAUUCGGAUACAUGAGAGGACUGCAGCAUGAUGAAGUCAGUCAAAUACUAUUAGAAUUGUUUCGAUCAGAGGAAGUUCAUGAGAUCAAUGCAGUGGGUCUGGUGAUGAAGGCCACUGAUAAUAGUCUAAGUGACCGACUGAUGUACGUCUUAAAUUCAGCGAUGUCUCUGUUUGGAAAAGACCUGGAGGAAAACAUAGUAGCUCUCAUCACUCACUCUGAUGGAAGAAAUCCCAGAAAUGCUCUUCAGGCUCUGGAAGCAGCAAAUAUUAAAUCCUCUAACCGUGAGUUUAUUUAUUUUGUGUUUAACAAUUGCCAACAUGAGGACAGAGCAAAAAACCGAGAACUUUUGGAAAUUGCCUAUCAAACAUCACUAAAGGGAUUCAAAGAGUUCAUGUUGUUUCUGGAUGAAACCAAACCUCAGAAACUGAAGACAACUGUGGAGGUUCUGAAGGAACGCACCCAACUGACAGCCUGCAUCCAGAACCUGCAGCAGAGAAUCAAGGAGAUUGAACUGAAGCAGAAUGAAAUCCAAAAGAUCAAAGAGGCUUAUAAUAAAUAUCAAGAGCAAAUGAAGGAGAAUGAAGACUUCUCUAUAGAAGUAGAUGAUGUCUACAAGAAAAAAAAAAGUAUCAGAGGAGGAAUGUGGUUGUUGGUGUUUUAUGAAGGAGCCCUCACCUGUUCUGUCUGUGAGGAGAACUGUCACUAUCCUGGAUGCACAAUAGCCUGGAGCCCAGGACGCUGUCAGGUCAUGAAGGAUGGGCGCUGCACAGUUUGUACCAACAAGUGUCCUGCAUCAGAUCAUGUGAAAGAAAACUGGAGAUAUAAAAUAAAGACAAGAAAACUUCAGAAGACCCUGGAGGAUGUGAAGGAGAAAUAUGAAAAGAAUAAAGCUGAAUGUGAGAAAAAGUUGACUCUUUUGGAAAACCUUGAGAAGGAAAAUGACAACCUGACUUCAAAAUGGUCGUUGCUGCUGGAUGAGGCCUACAGUCAUGUUAUCAGACUGGAAAAGAUCGCCCUGAAAGUUGAAUCAGUGUCAACUUUGGUCCAUUUGGACUUCCUGAUGGAAAAGAUGAGGGAAAAAGGAGACCAGGAGAAAGUCAAGAAACUGGAAGAGAUGAAAAGCAGAGUGAACGAAGGAACCAACACAGCACUAAGAUAUGCAAAAAACUCAUAA